AUGUCAUAUUUGGAGCCAAAACAGCCAUACACUGGCCUUUCAGAGCAUUCAUCCCAACUUUUCGGAGGAAUAAUACCUACUUAUGGCAAUUCAAACCUGCCAUAUGUAACACAACAUAACUACGCUUUGUAUCGGAAACAACUUUUAUUAGCAUCACAUUGUCUUGGACUACCAGGACCAUUAAUUCAAAUUGAAGCUGAUGAUGAUGAACAUCGGUUAAGACGGCUGGUACGAAGAGAAGUGGCUAGUCCGAAGAGUUUUGAACUGGAAAAUCGGAAUUUGAUGGUUUGUCAACAGGACAGUGUAAAUGGUUACUGUAAUUUUGCUGGAAAUGAAAAUUAUAUUUAAUUUUUUUCAUAAUUUUUAAAAAUUUUUAAGUUUUUAAAAAAUUUCAAAGCUUCAUACUUAAAAUAAUAAAUAUUAUCCAACGACAAAAAGAUAUUAAACUACUUAAUAAACCAAAAGAACUUUUUCAGAAUCAAUCAACAGUAAAGUUAUGGACCGUAGACGACAAUUCGACCAACAAAAACCUACUACAAUAUGAGCUAAAGUAUGAAAUACCACCGAAUAUCCAAAAGCCAACCAAGUUUUUAAAUAUUGGAGAUGUUCAACCUAUAAAACAAAUCAAAUUGCCAGCUCAACCAGUAGAAUUGGGACGAUAUGAUAAAGAUACCCCCGAUAUAUUAUUCAUAAGAGAUGUUGCUGGACUUAAACUGGCCAAAUGUCAUGAUGAUAAGGAUAUUGAGGUAAAAUGAUUUAUGUAUCUGCGGCUGGAUUAAUUUUUGAAGCUUUUUUUAGUUUUGGCAGUUUGAACUUUGUUUUGGUUCAAAAGUUUUGGGCCUUUUUGCACAGUGUAUCCAUUUUUGAGGGACUGCACUGUGCAGACCUUCAAGGUCUUUAAGUCAAUAUAACUGUUGUAUAAUCAAAUUAUAAAAGGUUAUGUUAGUAUAAAAAUGUUAACUAAUACUUUGAAAAGUUAGAAAACAGCAUUUUAGGUAACAAACAUAUUAAACUACAAAGUAAGUUCCUACUGCAAGAUACCCUACAUGGAUGAGAUUGCCAUAACAGAUGAAAAUCGAAAUGUCUUUUUUGGUGACAUCAAAGAGCAGGUGAAUAUGAGCAGAAUUAAAAGUGAUGAACCUAUCAGGCUGGUAAGUUUUGUCAUACCUUACUUUGAAAGGGCUAAAAUACGACUUUUUGCGCUAUUUUUGGAUAUAAAAAUGCCAUUUUUAGCUAUAAAUCAUGACAUUAUGAUGCCUAAAAAUCAAUUUCCAGAUAUGCCCAACCGACUGCCCAGCCGAACUUAUGUUAGCCGCAAAAACCAAGAUUUAUCAAUCUGAUUUUCGAACCUCCACCAAGUACAUCGAACCCAUAUUCAACUUGGACGUUGAUGCCAAAACGUCAAUAUUGAACUUGAGUCAAGAACGAAUAGACUUCCUAACGGGGCGAGAGAUCAUCAAUCAUUUUCGACCGGUCGAUACAACAAAAGAACUUUAUAUGGUUACGGGAAUUCAAAAAAUACACCUGUUUGAUCGUCGAAUGCCAAAUCAGACCAUAUUAUCCAUGGCGCAUUUUGAUAUGGAUGGCGGGGAUUAUGCUCAAAUUGUAGGUUUUACUCUGUGAAUGAUUGGAAAUUGACAUGUAAAGGACUAAAAGCUUGAUAUUGAUAAGGAAAUCACAGUUUUUAUUCAGAAGUUGUCUUAAAGUUUUUGAAAUUUUAAAUUUGCCCGCUUUUCGGCAACUUUUGGCGUUGUGUUUUAAAGAUGUUUUUAGGUUUAAAUUGGGAUACUGAAUGACAAGAAAAGUUUAAUUUGAUCCUAUUUUCUUUUUUUAACUAAAAAUUGUUUAAAAUUUGUAAUUGCGCACUUUUGGCAGUUUUUGGCAUUGUGUUUUUUGGACAUUUUUAGGUAACAAAUGAUACGAUAACAUACUUUUUAAAGCUUUUAAGCCUAAAAAUUAGUCUUUUAAACCUAAAAUUUUAGUUUUAAAGAUUUUUUAAAAUUUAACCGUUUUAAAAUUCAAAUUUUAGUCCGAUCCUUUAUACGACCCUACCUCCAACCUUCAAAUCUACAACUACUUAGCAUUAAACCAUUCAAUAAGGCCAUCAAUAUCAUACUGGCCGAUUGGAUUCAACCAAACUGAGCAAAUUUGCUCUUCAAUGGGACCAUUAACUACUGUAACAUCGCCAGAAUCUAUCAUAAAUUACUGUAAAAACCACUUCACAUCUUCUCCACAACUGUCCGAGUUCGAAACGGACGAAAUUCCAAAAGUACCACACGCUUUUUACUGUCAAAUCAUGGAUGACAGCCGAGCUGUGGUGUUCAGCCAACAGAAUACUGGUCAGAUAUGGGUGAAUGAUAUCAUAGUAAGUGGAUGUGAACAAGAUUCUGAAGAAUAUAAGGCAAUUGUUGAUGAUAGGGAGGUGAAUGAUGGGAGAGUAAGGCAGGUCAAGGUGUUUUUGGAAGAUCACUCGGUGGUAGAUGAACUGACGAAGAAGAUGAGCGAGGACUUGGUCAUGGAGAAGGAGGAGAUCAUGAAGGUAAGACGAGGUUUGGAAGGGAAAAGAUGGAUUUUGGAGAGAGAGAAUCGAUCAAAAAUUGAUAGAAGAUGGACGUGUUAAUCUAUACUUUAUUUAGCGGUCAAAAAGUCAGUGGAAACCCUUAAGUUCUCAAAGUUUUCACUGAAAAACAAGUUUUUUUCACUAAAAAUUCGAUUUUUACUCUUAUAAUUAGUCAAAACUUGAUGAUUUGAACGAAAAAUCUUUUGCAGGUAGACCGAUCAGAAGCCAGUGGCCAAAUCAUGGCCAAAUACGAUCACUGGCUAGAGAAAUACGACAAAAAUCCUCCAGAAUUGCUAACGUUGGACGAUGUUCUCCAUUCAGAUGUCGAGCCAAUGACCGAAGAUCUUGCCAAACUUAAACUAAUCAAAGAAGCCAAAUCCGAAGGCCAUCUUUUGUCUAAUGUGAUUCUGAAGACCGUGAAGAAGGCCAACGAUGCUUGGGAAGAGAAAUACUGUCAGAAUAUUGAUCGUAUUAUCGAUAUCAAUGAAAAGAAGCCAAAGAUUCUGAAGAGCCAGAAAAUAGAGCAGAAAGUGUUGGAUUUCGAGGCGAAUGACAGAGGAGAUUAUACUGGAUGCGGAGAAUUCGAUAAUGAUGAAGACGAUUGA